AUGGCCCCCAUUGAUUCAAGGCUGGUCCCCCGCCAGUCCGGCUGCCCCAGCACAAUCUCCGGGGGCGGAAUCGCCGGCAUCGUCAUCGGCUCGAUUGCCGGCACGCUGCUGGUGCUCUGGCUCUGGCGGAUCUUCCGGCUGCCCGGUGCGUGGAGUGGCGGCGGCGAGCCGGAUCCCGGCUACCGGCCUCCUAUUACGCGGUCGCGCGGGCGCAAAAAACGGCGCCGUUCGUCGUAUGUCGACUAUGAGAAGCCCGGCAGUGGCACGCGGCGAUAUCGGGAGGAUGUGCGGCGACCGGCUAGGGUGUAUAUGACUUGA